UGCACAUGACAUUCGAUACAAAGGUUGGUAAUUGUCCAUCUGUACAUUAAUAAGAAUUUCUUUAAUCAGUCUUUGGAAUGGUUUCUUCAAUAUCAUAUUUUCUGUAACUUUUUGGUAAUGUCUAAUCUCGUCAAGUACAUGGUUCACAGGUUUCUUACGGAUUUUCUCACGUUUUGAUUGAAAUAUCUUUUUUUGGAUUGUUUCUUCAAAUUUCUGUUUACUAUGAAUAUGUUUUGUACGAACCAUAUUUCUAAUUAUUGAACAGAAUUAAACUCUAAAAAACUUUUGGUGACAAUAUUGUUUUCUGUCAAUAAUAAAUGCUGUCGAAUCACAUGGCACUCUAAUCGAAGUUUUUAUGGAUAUUUAUCUAGUUUUUGAAAGUCUCUGAUCAAUAAUUUAUUAUUCAACCUAUGAAUUACUAAUUAAUGCCAAUUAUAGAAAAAAACAAUUAAUCGUGUUCAAACGAAAUAACAUUGCAGGAUUGUAUUUAUGUCGAUAGGUAACAGAUCAAGUGUGUUUAAAUCAAAUUCUCAGUUUUUCAUCACAUCGCCAUGAAGUUGUUAAUCACAUAAACAAAUAAGUUUGACAGUUGUGUUUUUUUCCCUAAUUUGUGAAUUUUACCAUGGAUAAAGCUCGCGAAAAAGUAUUCCGACGAAAAGUUGUCUUUUCAGAUAGUGUAACGAAAAUAGGCAAUGACGGACAAAACGUCGCCAGUGGCGUAGGUAUGGGCAGGGAUAAGGGUAGCGUACGCCCAAGAAGUCGAAGUGUUUACACAGCCAAUUCUUACGUGAGCGAUGAUAUAGUUACAUCUCGAGACUUGGCAAAGUAUGAAGGCCCCCAUAACUGGCAUUGUCCUCUCCCUAAACCGAUCACAGUGAAGCACUUUUAUUCUGAUGAUAUCAAUGGAGAGAUUUGGGCAGACGAUGGCUACAUAGGUGGCACCACAGUAACUCCACACGGCGUCAUAUCCCUACGCCUGCACAACAGGAUUCGUGUGGAUAUAUCCCUAGAUCGCGCCAUCAGGAUUGUCAACAUGAAAAAUGCGAUUAUUUUAGCCCUGAACUCGAGCGGAUCGUCUUCUGCGUUGAUCCAUCCCAACGGCAGAGUUUACCAGUAUGGCUCGCGAGUGGAGAUUUUAGCUCAUGACAAUCAAGGCAACAAUAAGUACGCCAAGAUGUGGUAUAAAGGCGUUAGCUUCACCAGCGACCAGUGCGCUCUUGUCUACCUGGUAGAUUCAGCAGGAACCAGAACCACCACCGACACCUUUUCAGACCUCUCGUCCGACUUCACUUUGGGAGUAUUUUAUAACACAUUUCCAACGGGAGAUUCUCCCUACAAUUUGGAUAUGCCGGGUAUACCUCAUGGCACCCAUCUCGUAGAUGACGCGAUUGGAAUUCUGCAAGCUGCCAACUACUGGAUGACCGAAGAUGGUACCGAUAAUUGGAUCAUCAAUAGCGUCAGGAUUUCGCAAACUUCCGAUGGACUGGUCAGGGUUGGCCGUAAUAGCAACAAGUUCUCACUGCGCACCUCGCCCACCAACGGAUCAGCGUCCGUAUCCUCACCCUACAUGCACUGUACAGGGUCCAUGGGUCAGACGCGCCAUCUAUUCGUACGCAGAGGUGAGCGGCGUAUGCACUACGAUGGCUCCACCUUCAUAGUGCGCAACGCCGGCCACUCGGCAGGAUUUGACGAGAAGCAGCAGUUAAAGGUCUACUGAGGCGUUCGGCGGCAGUUUGACGCCCACAUUUCUCUCGACCUGAUUUUUAGUGAUUUUGGCAGCACUCUGCGAGCGCGUUUAGUCGAUUUCAAGAGGUUUAGUCUCAAUCAAUCAUACACUUACUUUUGAAGUGGAAAUAAAUUGUUGAUUAAACGGCCUCUCCACAUGACCGUAAGUUGUAUAAUUACAAUAUCUCAAUCCUUUCCAAUACCUCAUCAUUGUUUUCUUCAAUCUCUUAUUAUGCACUGAAUAGAAUAUUCGAAAUUUGUUCAGGAUAUUGUUUAAUUUCUAUCUAUGCAUUCAGCAAUCUAUAUUCAACAUAUUGGACAAGUUGGAGUAAUAAUUGUUAUCAUGUUUUCAAUCUGGUCAUGACACAUGUUACGAAUUUUAAUAGAACUUCUGACUUUUUUCAUGAAGUAACAGGAACUAUAAUUUAAAAAUUUUAACAUUUUGCUCUAAGUUGCCUUUGAAAAGUAGUUAUAAGAAAAACUGUUAUUUUCACAGUAAUGAACAAUUUUAAGCCAGUCGAUAGGUAUACUAUCUUGAAUUCACUAAUAAUCAUUUGAAAAUCAGGAUAUGUUUACACUUUGAACUUUCAGUAAAACAUUAUCAAUUUUCUUGCAAAGCCUGAAAACUGUUAUUGAGAAUGUUUGACAAUUUUUUUCCACAAAUUAAAUGUUCCAAAAUUGAAAUAUUAUUUAGUCAGAGCCAAGAUUCAGAUUGAAUAUGGAACAUUGAUUUUGAAUAACUAUAAAAUUCAAAUCAUAUAUUCUACUUCUAUUCAAUAUAUGUUGAAGGAAUAGACAAUAUUCUAGAUGAAUGAACCUUAUAAAAAUCGACCAAACGCCCGCAGAGUGCAUUUUUAACAGUCCCCAACUCUUUGUUUACAAAUUAGUUAGCAUCUGUCAGUUUCAAAAUUUGUGCUUUUAUUUGUGUCUUAUGUUGUCUGUAAAAGUAACAUGGAUAAAUGUAAAGUGUACCAUCUGCAAUGACGUGAAUGUAACCAAUGAGUAUGUUUUAACCUGAAAUAUGAUCUCAAGAUAAAACGUAUGUUUCCUGAUUUACACAUUGUAAUAGUACAGUACUAAGGAACAUACUAAUUUGUGAUGAUGGCUGUAAUUUUUGAUUUCAUGUGAAUUUAUUAUAAAUAAAUAGUGUUCAGAUCAA